ACAGCUGAAAAAAACAAGUGCAGUACGUACGGGAAAUUCUAGGCAAGAUAGGAUCUGGUUCCGCCAAUUUCCGACACGGAGAAGACACCGCAGUGCUCUAAGCGCUUUCCUGCAUACAAGAUAGAGUGUUGUGUGAAGUAUCAAAACUGCCAUUUACAAAAGAGCGACUGUAUCGCCGGUCCUUUUAGAGAAAGGAGAAUGGCAGGCAACGAAAAACCAAACGCAGCGACCAAAAUAAUAGCAGGGGGUUUCGCAGGAGCAUCAGAAACCAUUAUUACGUACCCCGCAGAGUUCAUCAAAACUCGCCGCCAACUCCCGCAACAUGCUCACGGCAGUAUAUCUUCCAUCGCCGUUAUUCAAAGCACCUAUCGCACCUUUGGAUGGACAGGUUUCUACUCAGGCUGUGGAGCAUUGGCAAUGAGCAAUACACUGAAGAGUGGCAUUCGUUUCUUUUCAUUCGAGACCUCGAGAGACCUUUUGGAUAAACUCUUCCAUACACAGCAAGGUCAGAGAAGUCCCUGGGUGAACGUGCUCUCUGGACUUAGUGCCGGGGUGGUGGAGGUUUUAUUGGUCGUGACACCUGGAGAAGCUUUGAAGACAAGACUUAUUAAGGAUUCUGGACCCAAGGGCCAGAGGGUUCUGUCAGGAAGAGGAGUUUUUGGUGCUAUGACGCAUAUCGUGCAGAGGGACGGUAUUUCAACGUUAUGGAAAGGCGCGAUUCCAGUCAUGAGUAAACAAGCUACCAAUUCCGCAGUAAGGAUCUCGACUUUUGGAGCAAUGCAAGAACAAGUGGCAAAGCGCUGGCCAAGAUGGGAGGGUCAAGUUGUGACGACACUCACGAUUGGAGCCAUAAGCGGGGUGGUGACAGUGUAUGCUUCGAUGCCAUUUGAUAAUAUGAAGACUCGCAUGCAAGGCUCAUGUAACGAGUACAGCGGUAUGGUAGAUUGCGCCAGGAAGUCGUUGAUGAUGGAAGGUGUCGGUGUCUUCUGGAGAGGUACGACACCAAGAUUAGUGAGAUUGACGCUUUCUAGCGGUAUAACAUUUACUGUUUAUGAUCAAGUCGUCCGAGUCUUGAGAGCAGCUCAGCAACCCCAUACGGAGAUGCACCUCGCAUGA